CAGCUGCGGUAGUCUCAAUAGACUCAGUGAUAUCGACUUGAUCAUCAGUCAAGACUGUCACUUACUUGACUGUAGCAAGCAGGAGCAAUCUUUACUCUUACCCUUCUUGGUCAAUGCAGUAGGAGCAAACUCUGUGGGGAGAGAGCUGUGCAUGUGUGUCUUGUGUACAUUCUGGUCCAGUGAGCACUAGCGGGGGAAAGUAUUGCCGAUGAUUCACCAUCGAUGUACGACACGUUAGCAUGUAGCCGUUUAAUGAUUAACUUGUGGAUCGUCUACGCGGCGCGUCUUGAUGGCUCGCUAGUGUUUUCUCUACAGCUUCCUUCCUGUUCCUGUCCGACGUUGACUGUCUGCUAGUUUGUGGAGUGGUCUGUGUACUCUGUUAAGUAAAGGCCAAUCAGCAGACAGGAUGGCCUUCCAUCUGACCAUUGAGAAUUGGCUCAGUGCCUUGGAGCUGGAGGAGUACAUUCCCUUGUUCCAGCAUUACCAAACCGUCGAGAAUCUGUUACACCUGUCUGAGAGACACAUCUCUGAGUUGGGGGUGAGCAACUCAGCACACCGGGCCCGGCUGGCGUCCAACCUGGUCUACAUCAGGGAGAAGCUCAAGCGCUCCAGCAUUGCAGGAAGCCCACUGAUGAGCUCACUCACUUCGUCAAGACAGAGAUCUUCCAUAGCUGGUUCCCCGUACAGUUCACCGGUUCCGUCUCCAUCCACAAAGGCUUCUUUCCGUUACAGCACAAUCCCUGAAGGGGUAACACCAGAGUUGCCGCCAUCUCCCAAGACAUUCAAAAUGGAUUAUCAAGACACCUCGCCCGAGGACCUUCGCAAAGAACUGGAAGCAGAACUGAAACUGCCCAACAAUGACAUCCGGAGCCAUGCCUGGUUCCACGGCGGCAUCAGCCGCGACAAAGUGGAGAAGCUCCUCAUGUCAAACGGCGACUUCCUGGUGCGGGAUUCCAUCUCCCAGCCAGGGAAUUAUGUCCUGUCUGUGUGCUGGAGGAACUCACCCAUGCACUUUGUCAUCAAUAGGGUGGUUCUUCAGGCCGACACGCCGUACGCCUCCAUCCAGUACCAAUUCGAGCGGGAGUGCUUUGACUCCAUCCCGUCGCUGAUUCGGUUCUACAUCGGAAAUGCGCGUCCCAUCUCGCAGACUUCCGCUGCCGUCAUCCAGCGGCCCGUCAACCGCUCCGUCCCGCUGAGCUUCAUCGACAGCAAGUACGCUGCCAUCAACAGGUCCCAGGCCAGCGCCUACACGUACGGGGUGUUGCCCAGGAGGGUCGUGACUCCUCGCUUGGCGCUGGGGCAGGACAACUUCCGACAGCGGUCGGGAAGCCAGCCGGCCAUCAUGCGCAACUCCGUGGUGGACCCUGCCUUGCUGGGACGGUCGGAGAGCUCCCCGACCAUAAAUCGCCCAAUGAAUGGUUUUGCCGUGCAGCCGCUAAACGACAAAAGCGAACAUCGCCCACUGGGCAGGACAGGCAGUGAACCUAUUAUAGAGUCUCCCGAUAAGGUAGACUAUGUGUACCCUGCCCCCAAUGCGAGCUCCUCAGAGGACCUCACUGCACCCCCUCUACCCCCGUCAAGGACGAACAAAUCUUCUGGUGAGAGCAUAACCAAUGGAAAUGUAGCAUCUCUCACAGAGACAAUCAAUGUUGUCAAUCGCGGCUUUGAUCCGCCGAACAUGUUUGUAGUAGACCACGUUUAUAGUGAAAUUGACCAAUACGAUCCUCUACCGAUCAGGUUCUCCGUGCUUCACGACAAGUCGGACUCAAAACCCACUCUCCAAGAGGAAAAUGGUAACGAACCGGACUUGAAAGAAAAGAAACGACAUUCAGACACAAGGAACUCCGUGCUGGACACGGACUACUCCAAAGUAGCGGAAAUGGAUAAAGACGUCGAUAAACGGCCAGAGAAACUUGUCACCCCCUUGCCUCAAAUGGAAGAGCCCUCUUGCAUCCACUUGUCAGACUUCACCACGUCUUUAAUGGGCAGUGAAAACAAGCCGCUGGAGGGGACCAUUUUGGCCGAGGUGAAACAAAGACUUUUGGACACAGAUCCUGUCGUUCUUGCCAAACACAUCACGACGAUUGACUUUGAGAUGUGUCGGAUCACAGACACUUCAAGCAGGCAGCCGGGCCUAGAGGUCAUCACGCUACCCCAGGGAGUGCAGAUCAGGCAAGAUCUUCUGGAAAGAUACAACUGCCUGAAGACGUGGUGCGGGGUCUGUGUGCUGACAUGCACUGAACCAGAGCAGCGGAUCCGCAUGCUGCAUCAGUGGAUACAGGUCGCUGAAGCCCUGCGUGGAUCCCUGGGAAACCUCUUCAGCUUUACUGCAGUCAUGGACGGCCUGGGCUGCAAACAGUUGACGCAGCUGAAGAAGUCAUGGGAACUCCUGCGCUCUAUGCACACCAGCAGUGCCGUCAACUACGAGACCAAGCUGCGCUCGUUACUCAAGUCCCUCAACAGCGGGGAGAACGCCCUCCCGCUGACCAAGACCAGCGUCCCUCACAUCGUGCCCGUCAUACAGCUCCUGGAGAGAGACUGGACGACGUUGACUGCCACGGACUGGUCCACGCCGGCCAGUAAAGACACCCUGGAGGGCCUGCCGCGGGGCGAGUCGUGGGAGGAAUCCUCCACGGGGUUCGGGCUGGACGCCCUGCUGAACCACCUGCAGAACGCCCACACCUUCUGCCAGCAGACUAACCUCUACCGCAUCAACGCCAACACAAAGCUGACCAAGUUCCUGCCGGACCAGGCUCUGCUUGACGCAUGCCGGCCGGAGUUUCAAAUGAGGAUGCUGUGGGGCAGCAAAGGGGCCACGGCAGGCACGGCCGAGCGCUACCAGAAAUUCCAAAAGAUUCUCGGCGUCAUGGCCGAGAAGAUUGAACCCAUAGGGCCCGGUGUGUGAUUAGCAGGAACAGACUGAGAGUUUGUAGACCAACCCGGGCAUGCUAUCAAUUCUAUCACGAAGGCCCCCUUCAAUGGCAAAAGCAUUGUGCUAGCUAUUGUCCAGAUAAUCCAUCACGGGACAGUUGCUUUGUACAAUAGCAUGCACAAUGGUUUCUCCAUUGAAGGGGGCCUCAUGCGUGUUAAGUGAGCACGUGCCUGGAUUCAUCUUUGUCAAGGCCGGUGCGAAAGAGAAUGCGAAUUUGUGACGUCAGGGCAGGUUUUGUAGGAUCUCGGUUUCAAUUCAAAAGUUGCCGAGUCAUCUUUUGAAUUGUGCCCGAAAUUAG